AUGGUUGAAGGGUGGGUCUAUCAAGCUGAAAUCGGGCAUCAACUCAAAACCAUUGGAAUUUGGCAAGUAAAGGAUCUGAUGAUUCCAACCAAUAAAGCAUGGAAUACUCCACUGAUAUGGAGAGUUUUUUCACCAGAAACUUCUAUCAGGAUUCUGUCCACGUAUCUUCCACAGGAAACCUUCCAGGAUCAAUAUGCAUGGAGCGAGUCCAAAUCUGGCUCCUUAAGAGUGAAAGACGUAUAUACCCACUUUCUGAUGCAAAAGGGACAGCUAGAUGCAGCUCAAAAUCAAAGAGCUUUUUGGAGUAAAUUAUGGGCCUCUGAUCUAAGGCCCAAAUGGAAAAUUUUCAUGUGGAGGCUUACUCAUAAAGCUCUAGCCACUAAUACCAACUUGAUAAAACGCAACAUUCCAGUGCGUCCUAGUUGUUAUUUUUGCCAUCGGCAGGAGGAGGACGACAAUCACCUAUUUCGAGAUUGUGAAAUCUCAGCACGUGUCUGGUUAGGCUCGAAUUUAGGCAUCAAAGUAGACUCAAGCCAGAUUAUCCCCUUAAGAGAUUGGGUACGAAACUUCUUGCAGUUGUUUUGGAAGGUGGAUGAAGUCAAAUCAGAAAGAGUCACAGAUUUCGUAGUCACUCUCUGGUCGAUAUGGAUCCACAGGAAUAAUAUUGUUUUCAGACAGUUAUAUGAAGACCCUACAAUCAUUAUUCACAGGAAAGAUGUUCUCCUCAGAGAAUGGACAGAGAGUAAAAAUUUAAAGGAAACCUCGCGUAAGAGCAGCGUCUUCUCAACUGGAGCACAGCAAGAACGUCCAAUUUCCCAGAUCUCUAAUUACCAGCAGGAUAUAUGUCUGAUGGUUGUGGAUGGGGCCUGGAAACGUCAUAAGGAUAAGCAUCCACGAGCAGGAAUUGGUUGGUCAGCUAGUGUGAAUGGCACUAGAGCCUUUGAAGGCAAUUCUAUAAUUGUCGCCUCGUCGUCUCUCCAAACUGAAGCAUAUGCUGUCCACAGAGGAAUAUAUGAAGCUAAGUUGCGAGGAAUCCGUCAUCUUCAAAUUCACUCAGAUUCAGUGGAAGUCGUCCGAGCUAUUGGUAGCCCACACCAACCAUUUGAGAUUGCCACUUUAUUGCACGAUAUCAGAGCCUUACGUAGGGAUUUUAACACUUGUGAAAUAAAGAAAGGUAGUAGAAUGGAUGUCAUCUUAGCUCAUAAAUUAGCAGUAGCAGCUAGACAGGGUAAGUUAGUGUCCUAA